AUGGCUACAGGUGCCAGCGGGAUCCCCAGUGCCACGCCACAAAAGCGUACGGCAGCACAGGAUGAGGUGGACAGAUCAUGCCAGAAGGUGCAGUUCCAGCAGGUAUUUGCAUCGCGCAAGGGCUCCCACUACAUACAGAUCCAGACUAAGGAGACUACUGAGCACACCGGCACGCCAGACCAGAACAGAGCCAGCCAUGUCAUUGAUGAGCUGGAGCGGUUUUACCGGGAACAGCAACGGCAGACCAGCAAUGUCAUCCAGGCCGGGGAGCACGAUGAAGCCAACCCAUGGCUGCGGCGGACCAGAUGGCCGGUGUACUUGACCAACAUCGCACCCAAUGAUCUGGUCAACUGCGUGCAGCGGCUCGAGGAUGACACCACGUGCCCAGAUGAAACUGGCCGCGAGGGCCAUCGGGGAGGCCAUGGGGUCAG